AUGUCGUCGUUUGAAGAAAAGCCGUCGUCAGUUCCCAGCGCCGAUGGCGAGCGCAAGGAAGAGAAACCGGAGGAGGGUGGCAUGGGACAACUCUUUAGGGUGUUUACCUAUGCCGAUUCAACUUCCUGGGCUCUCUAUCUCGUCUCUUUCGUCUCAGCGGUCGGGGCAGGGGCUGCUAUGCCUCUGAUGACUUUGGUAUUUGGUGGGUUUGUAACAGAUACAACAAAUUUUGCCACGGGACUGCUGUCACCAGAGAAAUUUCGUUCUGAAUUGAACAAAUUUGCUCUUUGGUUCAUAUAUCUAUUUGUCGCUAAAUUCGGACUUACAUACAUCUUUACGGUGGCUAGCACAAUUGCUGGCAUCAGAACUACCAAGGCUCUCCGCGUCGAUUUUCUUGAAAGGACUCUCCGUCAGGAUAUCAACUUUUUCGAUUCCUCGAACCAGGGGGCAACUGCAAUGCAUGUAACUACAAACGGAAAUCUCGUCAACCAAGCCAUUGCCGAAAAACUUGCCCUGACAGUCCAGGCUAUGUCAACCUUCUUUGCUGGUUUCAUUGUGUCCUUCGUUGUGCAGUGGAAGCUAACCCUAAUUGGAAUCUGCAUUGUACCGGUGAUAGUGGUGGCUCUGACUGUCUGCCUUGUGAUCGAUGCAAAGCAGGAAACAAAUGUUCUGGGUUUCUAUGCCAAAGCUAGUGCGUUGGCAGAAGAAGCCUUUUCAAGCAUUCGAACUGUUCAGGCGUUUUGGGCGCAGCCGCGUUUGUCGAAAUUAUACAACGAUUUCUUGCAGCUCGCACAUCUUGAAGGGAACAAGAAAUCUCCUAAUUACGGCGCCAUGUUUUCAACAGAGUACUUUUGUAUCUACUCUGCUUACGGCCUGGUCUUCUGGCAGGGGAUCCGAUUUUUGUCAAAUGGGGAAAUCCGUAAUUCGGGGGACAUCGUCACUGUGUUAUUUGCCAUAAUAAUCUCUGCAACUGGUCUGACCCAGAUGGCACCCCAUGUCAUAGCUUUCAGCAAGGGUGCUUCAGCAGCCUCGGAGCUGUUUAGAACCAUAGAUCGAAAUUCCAAAAUUGACCCCUUAGCAGAAGGAUGGCCUCCGGCCAAACGAGCUGAACGGAGAUAUCGAACUCAAGGAUAUCUCCGAAUCCCUGCUGGAAAAACUACCGCACUGGUUGGUCCUAGUGGGUGUGGAAAAAGUACUAUAAUCGGCCUUCUCGAACGUUGGUAUAACCCGUCGAGUGGCACGUUGACCCUCGACAGCUGCAGUGUUGAUCAACUCAAUGUUCGCUGGCUCCGAACGCAGAUUCGGCUUGUUCAACAAGAACCCGUUUUAUUCAGUGGCACAGUGUUCGAAAAUGUUUGCCACGGUCUAGUCGGAACAGAUAUAGCGGACCUGUCAGAAUCGGAGAAAAUGAAAUAUGUAAUCGAAGCUUGCAAGCUCUCAAAUGCCCAUGAAUUCAUUGAGGGGCUCCCGAAGGGAUACCACACGGAAAUCGGGGAGCGGGCAAGUAUGCUAUCUGGAGGACAGAAACAGCGCAUCGCCAUUGCUAGAAGCGUCAUUUCCAAUCCAAAGGUUCUUCUUUUAGACGAAGCGACUAGCGCUCUGGAUCCGCGCGCGGAAAGGGCUGUUCAGGAGGCCAUUGACCGAGUUUCUGAAAAUCGAACCACCAUCGUGAUAGCUCAUAAGCUUGCCACAAUUAAAGAUGCUGACAACAUUGCCGUCAUGUCCUCCGGCAAGGUCGUUGAACAAGGCACCCAUAAGGAAUUGAUUGCCGCCGGUGGCGCAUAUGCACGACUGGUCGGUGCUCAGGAUCUAGGUAGCAAAGCAGACGAUGAACUGGAGAGUACUAUUGAGGGACAUGAACCUACAGAAGCAGGACAGGGUAUCUCAUUAAUGCGAACAACGACAACGAAAUCUUCAAUUCAACCUGCACUGACAAACGGUGUUGGGUCGGGAAAUUCUUCUAUUGAGAAUAAGUACAGCCUGUUGCAUUGGCUGGUGUACCCUGCGCAAGCGGUUAUUUUCUCUCGCUUAAUAACGGUGUUCACCCUGGAGGGGCAAUCUAUGGUAGACAGAGGCAACUUUUUCGCUCUUAUGUUUUUUAUGGUCGCAAUUGGGAUUUUGAUUGCGUAUUUCACCCUUGGAUGGUUUUCAAAUCGUAUCGCCCAGGUAUGCACGCAUCGAUAUCGUUUGGAAAUAUUUAACACCCUCCUCCGGCAGGACAUGGAGUUCUUUGACAAGUCUGAGAAUGCUGUUGGUGCUUUGGCAUCAAAUCUGUCAACCAAACCGACCCAACUACAGGAUCUUUUAGGAUUUAACCUACCCCUUAUGAUAAUUGUGCUUGUUAAUUUGGUCUCAAGUUGUAUCCUCGCCCUCAUAGUUGGAUGGAAGUUGGCGCUGGUCACAAUAUUCGGCGGCUUGCCACCGUUGUUGAUCUGCGGGUAUCUGCGCAUUCGACUCGAAGUCAAAUUUGAAUCCCUAACGGGGGAUCGGUUUUCGAAAACCGCGGCCCUAGCGAGUGAAGCGGUGUCGGCCAUACGAACUGUGUCGUCAUUAGCCCUAGAGACCCAAAUUUUGUCCAGGUACCAAGGUAGUAUGAACGGAAUUGUUAAACAUUCUAUAAGGAAUGUGGUAUGGACAAUGUUUUGGUAUAGUCUGGCACAAUCUAUCGACUUCCUUGUGAUGUGUCUCGGAUUCUGGUAUGGCGGUCGUCUUGUAUCUUUCAGAGUGUAUUCUUUGAACCAAUUUUUCAUGGUUUUUGUGGGGGUUAUUUUCAGUGGUCAAGCCGCCGCUCAGUUUUUCUCAUAUACAACUAGUAUAACGAACGCACGCAUUGCGGGAAACUACAUACUUUGGCUUCGGAGUCUUAAGCCUCAAAUUCAAGCCCAUGAGGAUACAUCUGACACAGAUAUAGAUAAGAAACCACACGGCAAAGGUCUUGUUGAAUUAGAAAACGUUGAGUUUUGUUACCCCCAACGCCCCGAUGCUCGCGUCCUUUGUGGCAUAAAUGUUACUAUCCAACCAAACUCCUUUGCUGCAUUUGUGGGAGCAUCCGGCUGUGGCAAAUCCACCAUCAUCGCGCUUCUAGAGCGCUUCUAUGACCCCAGUUCCGGCUGUAUUAAAUUCGACCAGCAGGACAUCGCUCAGCUGUGUCCCCGCGAAUAUCGCCGGGGUGUUGCACUGGUCCAACAGGAACCAACUUUGUAUCAGGGUAGCAUCCGCGAUAAUAUUGCCAUGGGCCUCGAAACAGAGGCAACACAGGAGCAGAUUGAAGAGGCAUCUCGCCAAUCAAAUGCGUUCACGUUUAUCUCCUCCCUUCCUGACGGUUUCAACACCCUCUGUGGCUCCCGCGGCACGCAGUUGUCUGGCGGCCAGAGGCAGCGCAUCGCAAUUGCUCGAGCUCUGAUCCGUUCUCCCAAAUUGCUUCUGCUUGAUGAAGCAACCUCUGCCCUCGAUACGGAGUCUGAGAAAGUGGUACAGGAGGCGUUGGAAAAGGCUUCGUCUGGUAGGACGAUGGUGGCCGUCGCACAUCGUCUCUCGACGAUUAAAGAUGCCUCUGUAAUCUUUGUGUUUGGAAAAGGAAGGGUUUUGGAAUCUGGUACGCAUGCACAGCUGCUCGCAAAGAAAGGAAUCUACUAUGAAAUGUGCUUGGCACAGUCGUUGGAUCAAAAGAUUCCUGAUAAAGAAGGAUAA